UAAUCGCAUUUCACUUAUUUUUCUUCACGGUCACAUUUCUUGAAAUCCGUGACGAUGGCGGAAUGUCUGAAUCUAUAUAUACUAUGAAGAGCUUGUCAUUUCAUAUCUCCACAUGAACUGAACUCACUAGUUCUUUUCUUUUGUCAUAUAUAGAGAGAGAUGGCAAAAUCAUUUGACAUAGUGAAAAUGUUGGGAGAAAAAAAGCCAUAUUUGGCCAUGAUAUUAGUGCAAUUAGCAUAUGCAGGAAUGGCCCUCUUUUCUAAAACAGCAAUGGCUAAAGGAAUGAAUCCAUUCGUCUUUGUGGCAUAUCGUCAAGCAUUUGCUACUCUUGCUUUGCUCCCUUUUGCACUAUUUCUUGACAGGAAAAGUGGUGAUCAAUUGUCAUACAGCCUACUAUGGAAGAUAUUUUUAGUUUCCUUAUUUGGGAUUACUUUGAGCUUGAACCUCUACGUAUACGCGAUAAACUACGUUUCUGCAACGUUCGGUUCGGCUAGCAACAACAGUGUUCCCGUAUUCACCUUUGUCGUCGCAGUUGGCCUCGGGAUUGAGAGGGUUUCAAUUAGGGAAUUGUCAGGGAUUUUGAAGAUUGUGGGGACUGUGGUGAGUUUUUCAGGGGCAAUGGUGUUUGCCUUUGUGAAAGGGCCUCAAUUUAGUAUUGUGAAUCUGUCUGAAGGGAAAGCUAUGACUAUGAGCAAUCAUGGAAACUAUAUUAGCAGCAAAGAGAAAUGGAUACAAGGUUGUCUACUUAUGCUCUUGUCCAAUGUUAUUUGGGCUUCAUGGCUUGUCAUGCAGGCCCCUCUAGUGAAGAUGUAUCCAGCAAAGUUCCGAUUGACAAUGCUACAAUGUUUAUUUAGCUGCAUACAAUCAACAGUUUGGGGCAUGGCUCUGCAAAGGGACAUUUCUUCGUGGAAAUUGACGUGGGAUUUCAAUCUUUUAUCUGUCACAUAUUGUGGUGUAGUAGUAACUGGAUUAAGUUACUGGCUGUUUCUUUGGGCUGUGGAGAGCAAAGGUCCUCUUUUUACUGCAGCAUUCACUCCUUUGCAACUUAUUUUUACUGCCAUCUUCUCUGCUUUUUUAUGGAAUGAGAUGCUCCAUAUUGGAAGUAUAUGCGGGAGCAUGUUGCUUAUAGUAGGUUUGUACUGUGUGCUGUGGGGUAAGAAAAAACAAGUAAAAAUGGAAGAUGAUAAAGCUACAAUGAAUGAAACUAAUGUGUAGUUAUGAGUUUUGGACUAAGUCUAUUGAUUUUGGUGAUGUAUGUCUUUUUUAUCUAUAUAUAAAUAUAAAUAUGGCUAUCAGUAA